AUGGAGACGAAACCAAACCCUAGACGACCCUCGAGCAGUGUUCUUCCUUACGAAACACCCAGAUUAAGAGAUCACUACCUCCUCGGCAAAAAGCUAGGCCAAGGCCAAUUCGGAACAACCUAUCUCUGCACAGAGAAAUCAUCUUCCGCUAAUUACGCCUGCAAAUCGAUUCCCAAGCGCAAGCUCGUGUGCCGCGAGGAUUACGAGGAUGUGUGGAGAGAGAUUCAGAUCAUGCAUCAUCUCUCCGAGCACCCGAACGUGGUUCGGAUCAAGGGUACUUAUGAAGAUUCCGUCUUUGUUCACAUUGUGAUGGAGGUCUGUGAAGGUGGGGAGCUUUUCGAUCGGAUUGUUUCAAAGGGGCAUUUCAGCGAGCGUGAGGCUGCGAAGUUGAUUAAGACGAUUCUUGGUGUUGUUGAGGCUUGUCAUUCGCUUGGUGUUAUGCAUAGAGAUCUCAAGCCUGAAAAUUUCUUGUUUGAUAGCCCUAAUGAUGAUGCUAAGCUUAAGGCUACAGAUUUCGGGUUGUCUGUCUUCUACAAACCAGGGCAGUAUCUGUAUGAUGUAGUCGGAAGUCCGUAUUACGUUGCACCAGAGGUUCUGAAGAAAUGUUAUGGACCAGAGAUAGACGUGUGGAGCGCCGGUGUUAUCCUUUACAUUUUACUAAGCGGUGUUCCUCCUUUCUGGGCAGAAACCGAGUCAGGAAUCUUUAGACAGAUUUUGCAAGGGAAGAUAGAUUUCAAAUCCGACCCGUGGCCUAGUAUCUCAGAAGGUGCUAAAGAUUUGAUUUACAGAAUGCUCGAUAGGAGCCCCAAGAAACGCAUCUCUGCACAUGAAGCAUUGUGUCACCCGUGGAUCGUUGAUGAACAUGCUGCACCAGACAAGCCUCUAGAUCCAGCAGUCUUGUCGCGACUAAAGCAGUUCUCGCAAAUGAAUAAGAUCAAGAAAAUGGCCUUAAGGGUAAUCGCUGAGAGACUCUCGGAGGAAGAAAUUGGUGGUCUGAAAGAAUUGUUCAAAAUGAUAGAUACGGACAACAGUGGAACAAUCACCUUUGAGGAGCUUAAAGCUGGUCUGAAGAGAGUUGGAUCUGAACUAAUGGAAUCAGAGAUCAAGUCUCUUAUGGAUGCGGCGGAUAUAGACAACAGUGGGACGAUAGACUACGGUGAGUUUCUAGCGGCGACACUACACAUGAACAAGAUGGAGAGAGAGGAGAAUUUGGUGGUUGCGUUUUCAUAUUUUGAUAAAGAUGGGAGCGGUUAUAUCACUAUUGAUGAGCUUCAACAAGCCUGCACAGAGUUUGGUCUCUGUGACACUCCUCUUGAUGACAUGAUCAAAGAGAUUGAUCUUGACAAUGAUGGGAGGAUCGAUUUCUCGGAGUUUACUGCAAUGAUGAAGAAAGGAGAUGGAGUUGGAAGAAGCAGAACCAUGAUGAAGAACUUGAACUUCAAUAUAGCUGAUGCUUUUGGGGUUGAGGAAAGUAGCAGCACUGCACAACCUGAUGAUACACCAAACUAG